AUGGCGUCUACAUCUUGUAUCGAACCCCUUGCAUCUCCCGAUUGGGUUUCCAGAAGUCGAUCUCCAGAAAAUUGGGGUCCCACAUCGCUUGGGCCUGUCCCUUUCUCCCCGCCGUACAUUCCUCGAUCUCUUGAGUCGACUCCUGGAAGUACCUCUCCGGCAGACUACCUCUACUAUCCUACAUCUCCUGGACCAGUCCCGCCGUCUCCGCCUUACAUCCCCCAAUCUCCCGAGUCGGUUCCUGGAAGUGUGUCUCCGGAAGGGAACUACUAUCCUACGUCGCCUGGGCCAGGACCCCAAUCUCCGGCAUACCUUCCUCGAUCUUCUGAGUGGGUAUCUACCUCGCCGCCUUCGUCAAUCCUCGGUCCCACAUCCCCUCCGCCAGUACUCCGAUCUCCGGCAUGUGCAUACACACCUUAUUCUCCUCAGUCGGUUUCCAGAGGCACAUCUCCGACAUACUACUAUCCUACAUCACCUGGUCCGGUGCCCCCGUCUCCGCCGUACAUCCCCCGUUCUCCUGUGUGGGCAUUCAGAGACACAUCUCCGGAUGAAUACCAUCCUACAUCGCCUGGGCCAGGACCUCAAACUCCGGCCUAUACCCCUUCAUCUCCUCAAUGGGUUUCCGGAGGUAUGUCUCCCACGAACUACUAUCCCACGUCGCCCGGGCCCGUGCCGCCGUCCCCGCCAUAUAUCCCUCGAUCUCCCGAGUGGUGGUCUACAUCGUCGACUCCAGUACCCCAAUCUCCGGCGGACAUCCCUACUUCUCCUCAGUCGGGUUACAGAGGCACAUCUUCCGAGAAGUAUUAUCCUACAUCGCCUGGGCCUGUCCCCCCGUCGCCGCCAUACGUCCCUCAAUCUCCCCAUUGGGCCUCUACAUCUCCAACCCCUGUUCCGUUGUCGCCCUUAUCCCCGGCCGCCACCGACCCCUUCAAUAAGCUUGAGCGUGAACUUGACGGCUCUUGGGGCAGGGGCCGCUUCGUUUGCAACCGGGCGAGGUCGAUCGUCGCAGAGGAAGAAGAAGAGCAGAGGCAGCGCGGCGAGCGCGAGACAACAAUCGAGCCUUUCCCCGAGCUUCCGUACUGGGAAGAGGACGAGAGCACAGGGAGGGAAACAGAGGAUGAUGUCCAAGAUAUCAUUGUACGUGAACCUGCUGCUGCUGUCCCGGAGGAGGAGGAGGGGGGACUGCCCGACUACCAGUACUACGAGCAACUGGACCAGGAUACGGCGGCCGAAACUCUCAUUCGGAUGGAGACAGAACAUUCCGUCGUGGACAAUCCCUACACUGCCAUCGCCGCUCUCAACUGCGAGCCUCAGUCCAACCCUUUUCCAUCCUACCCGUCGUCUGAAAUUGGCAUGCACCAAGAUGCUAGAGAAGAGCACGCAAACUGGUUUUCUUCCUCUUCCUCUUCCUUCCGCAGCUCCUCAGCCAUCAACAACCCCGCUUGCCUAGUUCCCCAAAAGCUGAUGGGUUGUGUCAAGGUCCAGAAGAGGAUUGACAGGAUGAUGUGGAACAAGCUGAUGCAGAAGAAGAUGGUUCGUAUGAUGGAGGCGUGCGAGAAGUACGUUCCCGCGGAUGUGCUGAGGGGGUUGAAGCAGUAG